UAGAGAGGCAGAACAAGAGGAGUGGGCGGGCCUGGAAUAUACAACGGUGUGUUGGUGAGCGGGUUGGUUAGUGUGCCAGAACCAUGAGAGGGGAGAGGACUUACCGCGCCGUUCGCUUGUUCGUCGCUGUCUGCGCCCUCGUCACUACAGGUGGCGAGGCCGCUGGGUACUAUGGCGUGCGGAUGGGCCCACUGUCGCAGCUCAACCAUGGAGUGAAGGGGGAGGUCUACGCUGUCGACUCCCGCACUCUUCAUCUUAGAGGCUUCUACUACGAUGGCCAGGCACCAGACGCGUUCUUCUACGCCGGCUCCACACCCAGACCCAGCGACGCGGGCUUCAUCAUCCCGGACGAGAAAGGCGGAAAGAAGCCUCUGGGUCGCUACAGUAACCAGGACGUCACCAUCACAUUGCCGGAGGGCAAGACACUAAAGGACAUCACCUGGUUCUCCAUCUGGUGCCGUGCCUUCGCCGUCGACUUCGGCCACGUGAUUGUGGACAAGAACCUCAACUACCCUCGGCCUCAGAAGAUAGACUCCCUGCCCACCCUUGAGCACGGGGUCACGUCGGACAGAAUCGUGGUGGUGGAUGCCCAGACCUUCCUCAUCCCGAACUUCAGCUACGACGGAGCCGCCCCAGAUGCUUACUUCUGGGUUGGCAAGGGUUCGAACCCUGGUCCUUCUGGUAUACUGGUGCCUGACGAAAACGGAUCGGAGGAGCCCCUGAAGCGGUACUCGGGCAAGACCAUCGUCAUCACCCUGCCCGGCGACCUCACGGUCUUUGACAUAGACUUCCUGGGUGUGUGGUGUCGGGCUUUCCAUGCUAACUUUGGCCACGUUCGAAUUCCCAAGAGCCUCAAUGUCCCACCUUCCCUCAAGAUGCUUGGCGUCGCUCCUCAGACGAAGCUGAACUGUGAGGUGCUGUGGGACGACCUGGCGCUGGAGGUCCGCUGGGCUGUGGCGGGGGAGAGCAUCGUCAUGCAGCUCGUCGCCAGGAUCAGUGAUGGCCAGUACAUGUCGUUUGGUACGUCAGGGUCACUGACGAGGUCCGUGAUGGUGGGCGGUGACGUGGUGGUGGCCUGGCUGGACCAGACCACGGGACGAGGUGUCGCCGAGGACUACCACCUCACUGCCAAGGCUCAGUGCCAAGGAGGCCAAGGUUCCUGUCCUGAUGAGAAGCUCACAGGCGGCAGCAACAACGUUCGUCUGCUCAACGCGGCUCUCAUCAAUGACUUCACCAUGCUGACCUUCCAGCGGCCGCUGCGAGCCGUCGACCGACACGACGCGGCCAUCCUCACCAACGGCUCGCAGGCAGUCAUCUGGGCGGUGGGCCCCAUCAACUCCCAGGGCGACACCUCCUACCAUUCUCUCCGCCUCAGAGGCGACAUGUUUAUUGACUUUGGGCGGACUCCUAAGUGGAACUGUCCCCUGCCGGAGGAACAAAGCAGCACCAGCCGACCUGCAGUGUCCAAGGGUCCAGUCAAACCUGCCCCUGCCGCCCCAGCAGCCAACCCCUGGUACAUCCCACCCAUUCCCUGCUACGAGCCUGAGGACGGCGUCUUCUAUGCUCAGAUCGGACCCACCGGAGGCACCAGUGGCUAUAAUUCCAUCACAGGUCACGUUGGGUGGGGAAUCUCGUGGUACAUUAACGGGUUGCUGAUCCCGGAGAUAAACGUGGUGCGAGGCAAGAGUUACACCUUCGUCGUAGAGGGAGGCUUCGAUCCCGAGGUGCCCUCUCGGUACCACCCGUUCUACAUCACCGACGACCCCGAGGGAGGAUAUGAAUUCAAAACGCCUGCCGAGCGAUCCCGUGUGAAGGUGCUGGCUGGUGUCGAACAGGACAGGGACGGCAGCCCCGUGCCCAGCGCCUACGGCCGCCUCUGUGAGUGGCACGAGGACCCCAACCAACCUGCCUCCACCUUCACAUCCUUCGGUGCCUACCAGAGAACUCUCAAGCUGGACUGUCAAGAGGGACAGCCAGGCGUAUUGCAGUGGACUCCUGACGCUAAUACUCCAGACACCGUCUACUACCAGUGCUAUACUCACCGCUUCCUGGGCUGGAAAAUCAACGUACUGGACCAGUGUGACUACGACGAGCUGGCCCCUGCGGGGUCAGUUAGCUCGGCCGUGGUGCUGCCCGGAGCCCAGGCCAACCCCGGCCAAGAGUACGACGAGGACGGUGAAGACAUGUUGGUAGCUGCAUCAACCCAAGUAUUCACGUCUGAUGGUCGGCCUCUCGAGCCAGAUUCACUGCCCACGCCUCCGCAGUUUACAUCUAGCCACCGACGUACUGCAGCCUCCAUUACCAAUCGGCCCAAAACUCUGCCCUUUAGAGGGGAGCUGCCACCACCUGUGCCGGCUAAAGUGCCUCAUCUGACACAGUUCUCCCGUCAGCGGCGUCCCUUCAGCCGCCCCACAACCAUCGCCCUACCAUCAGCACACGGCGAAACUAGUUCUCCGAUACCUAAUAUUUUCUCUUCUGGUAGUGCUCCUCGACCAGUCAUCGUCGCACAUACUCAAAAUAACCCUCAUGCCCCCGCAGCUCUCCUCGCUCAAGGAAAAUUAUCUGCUGAUGUCGGACAUAAUGUAGUAGUGUCCAUUAGCCACCACUCGACAGCAGCUGGGGCCUCCACAUCGACACGCUCUCCAACAUUAACAGCGUCUUCAGCAGCAACCAACCAGACAAACUUGACUAUCCUGAAGGACGUUUGGUCUAUCCUGACUCGCGACAACCCAGACUUGAAGUCAGAACAUCCCCGAGAAGAAGCCCACCCUCAAGACGACCAUUUAGACCGCCAAGAACGGAGGAAACGCUUCACCUCUGAAAAGUUUACUCUUCCUCACAUUUCCAUAAACUCUACGGUCACGUCUGGAGCCAGUACCUACUCCUUCCGCUUAACAGUUGUUUGUAUAUGUGCUCUUAAUAUAAUGAUGUUGGCUCAAGUUUAGCAGAUGGUAAGUAAUGUGCGAAUGCACUCAUAUUGAAAGUUUGUAAAAACGAUUUAUUGUUUUCCUUCGAUAUAUUGCUAGUUAUUAGUGUUUGUGGAGCCCAGUAACUUCGCGGUAAGUCAUGACCUCAGAAGCUAAUUAAAUCCUUUUGCUAGGACUGGACAGUUUCCGUGAGGAACUUUGAAGAAUAGUCUGUUGUUACCAAAAAAAAUUCUUCGGAAAGUGGAAUGUUCUUUGUUUAAUCGUCGGUCAUUUAUUUAACUUUUAAGUAUAGUGUAUUUACAUCCAGAUACACUAUAAAUAUAAAUGUCCUAGUUCUAUGCCCGUCAGUGUUAAUGUGUAUUAAUCUGUGACAGUACCCUAUAUUAACAACCUGCCAUGAUCAGCAUUAUGACCAGUUUCAUCUUGACACUAGAGACGUUGUCUCUACGACGGUCUCGAUUUCUGUCAUAUGCCAACUAAUCCUGACAGGGUUAUAAUAUGAAAAUUAUAAAUGUAACAUGUUAUCUGAAAAUAAUUGGCUGGAACCACAUCUUAAUUAUGAAAUUGUCAAAUUUGUCUGUUACUUAUUUUUAAAAUUCCAAGAGUUUUGUUCUUGUCUCCUCGAGUGAUUCUUAACCACCUCAUAGGUCAUCCAACGGUGACCCCUUUCCCGGAUUUAUGAAUCGAGUUGGAACAUAAAAUUGCCCUUUGUGUUUCUUAAGGCACUCCACUAAGAAAAGCCACGUUUGACCUUAACUAGCGGCGCGAGGAUGCUGUGGCGUUGUAAACGCGCUCUUCCACAACUGAUAGCCAAGGACUGAUCGUGUUGACUUCUGUGGGCAGUUUGUAUAUAAACUUAGUCUACUCCACACCCCAUCUGCACCCAUACAAUGGGGGACACUAAUGCAAAGCAAGAAACCUCUAAUACAUUUUUCGAUGAGUAAAUGUUGCUUAAUUUUCUGCCUAGAGACAGUUCUGUAUACUUGGGACCUCAUAUGCAGGGGGGUAGGUUUGAUGCUCAGACGCAGGGAAUGUCUAUUUCUUGAGUGGUAUUCUUGGGGUUUUGUGAUGUUUCCUUAGGUAGUUUAAAAGUAUGGUUAAUAUGGGAGUAUAAAGUUUUGUAAAUAUAUAAAGUACAAGAGUACGGAGGUGUGUGCACGUCGGUGAAUCUCUUGUGAUAUCUGCUCUCGUAUUGGUAUCGUCAAUGAUGGCCAAUAUUCAAUGACUCUUGAAUAUUCCGUAAAAGAGACGACUGAAAACAGCCUUCUGAGAGAGGUACUUUUUAAUAAUUACUUUAUCUAGUGUGAUAAUCAUUUUCUUUAUCUGUGUGCGUGUGGGUUUUACAUGUUAAAUGAUUUGUACAUAUUCAUGUUGUUCGACAGAACUUAUAGUUUCAAAGGUCGAUUGUGAUAUAACAAUGAGUGCGAGGCAGAUAGUGUUGGAUGGACCACCCAUUCGCAUAUACCAAAAGUUAGAUGGGAAUUGAUCAACAGUAAAAGUGUGAUGAAUGUAAUGUAAGGGAACAUACCAGCUUUUCGAUGGUAUGCUGAAUUAUAAACAAAGUUAUGUGUUGUUCUAGUUGAAGUUUAUCAGUAUAAUGGCCAAAGAAUGUUUCCUCUUACUGCCUUAAUAUUGUUUAUUCUGAUGUCUGUGUGUUGGCUGAUUUGUUUACAAAUAAAAUGUAGGCCCUUUAUA